AUGUGGAGCUGGACGAGGGUCAUUCGCGGACAACUGAGAGAUGCCCCAGAGAGGAUCUGCAUCACUAAUCUCAGUGAACCUGGUGAUAUGAACAAUUACAUAUUAGAAAAUAAAGAUUGCCGAACCUUCUGCAUUAUUGCACUUUCUAUUAAAGUUGAGAGAAACAAAACAGUGCUCACCAUUUUUUUCAAUAAUGAGGCAUACCACUCACCUGCAAUAUCCCUGUCGAUAUUAGACAACAUUCUUUUUAUGACACUUUCUGGCCGUGAUGCUUCCAUUACUGCCUUUAAUAAGCCUCAGCCUCUCCCUCAUUAUGGUUCAAACACAGUGCCUGUAAAUGGAUUACAAAUAGUACAGUGUUUAGCUUUCGGCAUUUCUGUUGUGGUCGGGUCCUUUAGUAUCCAGACAGUGACUGAAAGAAUCAGUCAAGCCAAGCACAUCCAGUUUCUGACUGGGGUCUGUGUGCUUACUUACUGGCUCUCUGCCUUGUUGUGUGACCUCAUCUUCUUCUUCUUUGCCUGCUGUGUACUGCUGGGCAUAUUCAGAUUCUGCCAGCUGGAGGCAUUUGUUGUGCAUUACAACUUCCUGGACACAAUUCUGAUUUUUAUGCUGUAUGGCUGGUGUGUUGUUCCUCUCACUUAUCUUGGAAGCUUUCUGUUCAACAGUAGCACUGCUGCCUACAUCAAAAUCACGCUCUUUAACUACUUUUCAACUAUGUUCAGUAUCAUCAUUUACACUAUUGUGCAAUUUUAUGGUGAAGACUUUCCUGCCCUUAUCCACAUCCUCAUAAAGACAAUUUUAAUGGCACUGCCUAGUUACAAUCUUGCAAUGAGUAUCAGCAAGUAUUUUGAUGACUAUGAAGUAAAACGACUGUGUGCUAGGGAAUUCAGAAGCAUUUACAUGGAUUGCAGUGAGCCAUUCAUUCAGAACAACGUGUAUGGCUUUGGAGAGCAUGGGAUUGGAAAAUUUCUGAUCACACUGGCUACCAUGGGCUUGGUUUUUCUCCUCUUGCUCUUAUCCCUGGAGUCUGUUUCCAGUAGCCUGAAGAACUUUGUCUUUCGAAACGUUCUCUUUUAUUUCUACAAUAAGAUCAGAAAAGGCAGGCAUGGUGUACACUCUAAGCAAAGUACCAAAGAAGAUGAGGAUGAAGACAUAAGAAAAGAAAAAAGAAAAGUCUUUACACUGCUGCUCAGGUUACAGAACACCCCAUUGGUCCUUAAUGAAGUUACAAAGAUUUAUUUUAAGUGUCCUGUUGUCAAGGCUGUGAAAAAUAUAUCCCUUGUAGUCAGGAAGUCAGAGUGCUUUGGACUGCUUGGACUAAACGGAGCUGGAAAAACUACUACAUUCAAAAUGCUGACCGGAGAAGAGACUAUCACCUCUGGAACUGCGUUUAUUGAUGGCAAUAGUGUCACUAAAAAUCCAAGAAAGAUUAGGUCAAGAAUUGGUUACUGUCCUCAGUCUGAAUCUGUGCUGAACCACAUGACAGGCCGGGAAUCGUUGAUCAUGUAUGCUAGGUUGUGGGGCGUCCCAGAGCAAGACAUCAAUGAGUAUGUGGAAGCCUUUCUGCAUUCAGUGCACCUGGAACCCAUUGCUGACCAAAUUAUCUACACAUACAGUGCCGGAAGCAAACGUAGGCUAAGCACUGCCAUCGCCCUAAUGGGAAAGUCUUCAAUUGUCUUCCUGGACGAACCGUCUACUGGCAUGGACCCAGUAGCUCAGCAUCUGCUCUGGGACACGGUUACAUGGGUUUGUAAGACUGGUAAAGCUAUCAUCAUAACUUCCCACAGAAUGGAAGAAUGUGAGGCCCUCUGUUCUAGGCUGGCCAUCAUGGUUAAAGGGAAAUUUACAUGCCUAGGCACCCCCCAGCACAUCAGAAAGAGGUUUGGUCAUGUAUACACUCUAACAGUAAAGAUCAAUAUUGCUAAGGAUGAAGAAAAAGUAAAAGAGUUCAAAGAUUUCAUUAAAUCAACUUUUCCAGGUAACAUCAAAUUCCAGGAAUUUCAUGGGACUAUUGGCUACUAUAUUCCAAGCACGGAAAUCUGCUGGGGAAAGGUAUUUGAGAUUUUGGAUGAAGCUAAAGUGCUGUUCAAAUUAGAAGACUAUUCUGUCAAACAAGUAACCCUGGAACAAAUCUUUCUGACCUUUGCUAAUACUGAUAAAAUGAAAACUUAUCAGGAAAUAAAGCUACAGGAAGCUUGA